CUUGACGGUUGGCUUCUAGCAAGUCCGAAUUCAGACCGACUCGCUUUGCCAUGAGCAGCGGUUUGAUCGAUGAGGCAGUGGAAUCUCCGGCAUCUUACCUUGUGAGGCUAUAUCACUGCUGUUCUCGAUUUCUUACAGCACUUGUCAUCGUGACUUUGACGACAUGGGCUGCGUUUUGUCUUGGUGAAAGCGCGUGCAUCGGUGAGCCUAAAAGGCCAAGAGACUCCCUAACCCAUUAUGCCACCAUGGUCCUUGUGCCUACAGGCGCAGCAGGUCUUGGAGCACUUUGCUUGUGGUGGAAUGCCUCAACGCCACAUAUCCUAAAGGCCACUCACUUCCUGGUGGUGAACUGGGUUGGAGGUUUGGCUUCCCUGGGCCUCCUCAACUCUAAUUCCUCCAAUUGCAACGUUUCGACCAAUAUGUGGGUGGUUCUGAGAAUUCUGAUGCAAGUUACUGAAUUUGUCCUUUUACAAGGGCUAAUCCAGCAUCGUUUUCAGAGUUUCUGGCCGGUGCUGAAUCAGCCACGGCUUGCCAAUUGCUUGCCACGAAUGUUUAAGACGGAAGUCUUUUUGCUUGUGGCCGGGUCUGUUCUUGCUUUUGUUUUCGUGUUCGUCCACCUGUCUGUUGUUCCGACGUGGGGGUAUGUGGCGACAUGGGGGUUGCUGACAUUAGUCCUCCUUUGCUUUUUCACCUGGGUGGUGUUAGUUGUUCUCACUUUGUGCUCUGUGGUUCGGAAGCUCCAUGCGGCUGAACGCCUGGGUGCUGAAGAAGGGAGUCUGGAAUGGUGCAAGGCUUGUCGAAGAGUCCGCCGAGCAGCCUUGCUGCAAGGCUUUGGGAUGACAAUCACAUUGAUGACCACGACCAUUUUCUGUGGCAUGGCUAUUUUGGCAUCAGAGGACCUAAUGGAAGAUCUUGAUGCAGAGGCUCAGGCGGCUAGGCUGAAUGCUGCUGUAAUUGCCCAAAUUGUGAACCUGCUUGUCAACGUCCUUGGCGUUUUCUUGUUUUCCGGAGCCUACCGGAUGACGUGGCAGAGCUCAAAAUUGCUCGCAUCUCCAGAAUCUUCCCCCUGCAAAUGGCAACCUAAAAGCCCACAAGAUGACCGGUGGGAAGCCAAGACCAAAGAGCUUGCUAGCCGUGGACUGCGUCUCCGGGAUUUGUUGGCCUUUUACAAAAGGUUGGGGCAGGAUUUGAUGCUUUCGUACGAGCCUGGCGUUCACACUACCCAAGAUGUUGUGAGACUGGCCAUCAUUCCUGAGACUUCAUCGUGUCGCAGCUCCUAUGCCCAACUUGUGAAUCCUGGAGCCCAAGGUUUAACGCCUCGAAAGAUGGUGACUCACAACUGGUCCAACCUCUUCCGCGACUUACUGGCAAGUGUGGUUGCCGAUGCCUUGGGUGAACACACCAUUGAGCUUUUCGCACAGUUGCUGGAGGUGGAAGGAGGAGUUUAUGUCGUGGAAGAACUGCUGGAGGUGCAAGGAAGCAUCGAUGAGACCUACUGGAUCUGUGCCUUUGCCGUCAAUCAACACAGUAAUAUUUGCGGCGGCAAUCCAAAGGGAGAUGUGGACUCUGCCACGCAGCGUCCAUACCCCAUUUGUCCGUGCGCCGAGCCGAAGUUCUUCAACAAAACACCACCUUUGAAUGACGCUGGAGAGAGCAUUGGCUGUGAGUUGAACAAAUUCGAUGACAUGAUGGCCUACCUCUUUCAGCAGAAUCCGUGGUUUGCACAGGUCGUGGCCGUGGAUGCUGAGCUAACGCUUUUCACGCGCGCCUGGUGCGUUGCGGAGCUGGCGCAGGGGCAGCGGAUGGGCAUGGCACAGAGCCUGAAGCUUCGGAACAAGGCCGUUGUUAGCUGCAGACGGGGUGACUGACUAUUGAAUUAGACUUGCAUCAAGCUUGCGUUUGCAAGACUUAUCACAGCAUGACACCAUCCUGGAGCAACCUUCGUAUGCCACGAACAUGCCAUCAUAGGUCAAAACAUGUUUUUUGGGAGCUGUUAUGCCAAAAUCAGCCAAGUGUCAUUUGUAUGCUCUUUGGGAUUUUGACCUGCACCUGGUGCAACAGGACAGAAAGCGGGUCCAGCAUUGAUUAUAUAAAACCUACACCGCACACUCUGCAGUUCAGCUUGCGGAUUCCAACGUUUGAUGAAGGGCUCACUCUUGCAUGCGCUUCAAGUUUCAAAAAUUGGCAAACAGUCUAUGGCGGAAAUGUGCAGGAAUAUGGCGGAAAUUUGCGGACCGGAAAUUGGCAGCAUAUAUAUUUGUUACAUACAAAAAUUAUACUGUACUCAAUCCUAUACAUGGUUGCGGGGAAAAGAAGACCUUCUUGAACAUGUUUGUUAAUAACAGAAGGAGCGCUCACAGCGGCACGUUUUUGAUUAGCUUAUAUUAUAGUUUAUCAAAUUAUAUAGCAGUAGGAAAAUCUUCAUCGGGCAUCCAGCCAGCAAAGCCUUCAUCACAUGCUGCCUGGGAUUCUGUUUCCCUUCUCUGCUUUGGCCCAACCCUUGCGCAACGUUGCCAAAGGUCCCCAUCUUGGUAACCAAGAUGAUCUUCUGUCUCCAAGGCCAUUCAUGUUUUUUCUACCAGCGACCAUGUUUUUCUAGCUGUGCUAGAUCUAGCUGCAAUGUUGUGCAAUUUUGUUGACAGCUCUGGUGUGGCGUGCCUUCUCCUUUCGGCUUAGUGCCAGCUGGCGCAAGGGGCGGAAGCCUCUAACUGGAACUGCUUUAGCAUCCACCUCUGGUGUUACUUUCUCACUUUUGACCGACUCGUUCGGUGCAUGAUCAGUGCAGUCUUCUUCAGCCGUCCCUGUCUUCUUUGCUGGCACCACUGCGGUAUCUUUCAAACUCUCUCAAACAUUGGCCAGCCAAUGAGGCUGCUAUACCCUCAGCUACUUCAUUCAUCCAAUCUGGAAACAUUGUUUGGUGGGAUUCACCUUUCAAGUUGAAAAGCUGCAUGGUUGGCUUCUCCCUUGCAGCAAGGUGGCCAGCCAGUUUGCCUUCCCCAGCUGUGUGUCCUUCUGUUUUCCUGCGGCAUGGUGUGCCAAUUUCCUGGUUGAAGGUGGGCACUCAAAGGCUUUGAUAAUCCAACCUGACAUUUGUACCAAGCAUGCCUUCUGCAGUUUUUUUUC